AUCUGAUCCUGAAGGAGAACUGAACACAAGACACACAGCAAUGGCUCCUACAAUCACUGGAUCAAUCAGCAGCAGAGAAACUCUACUGACAAACAAGCUGAGAAAGCCCAUGGUGGAGAAGAUCCGCCGAGAGCGAAUCAACAGCAGCAUCGAGAAGCUCAAGACUCUUCUGGCUCAAGAGUUCGUCAAGCAGCAGCCCGACUCCAGACAGGAGAAAGCUGAUAUCCUGGAGAUGACGCUUGAGUUCUUGAGACGCUCUCAGAAAAGCAGUGCGGCUGGUGACGGACGCUCCAGAUGUGUGCAGGAGGCCGUCAGCUUUCUGUCUCGGUGCCCAGUGCAGACGCAGAGCCACACAACACUGAUAAAGCUCUUCCUGCACAUGCAGACUCCUGCAGACCAGCACACACAUGUGGACAAUCCUCAGACCACCGAAACGCACGCAAACAGCAGCGCCAAACAACACACUCCAGCCCGCAGUCACAUCUGGAGACCCUGGUAGAGCCCAGAGGGCCCACCGUACCAUUGAGCAGACACGAGUCGUGAUGCCAGUCUGAGAUUGGCAUGGACUGAAGUUCAGAACGUAGGAAUUGAUUUCCACCUCUGCAGCUUCUGCAGGACAUUUAAUCUGCUUUCAGAGAAAGAGAGUUUAGUGAAACUGUGUGAGCAGUCAUAUUUGAUCACAAUGCACACGAUCAUUUGCUGUGUAAAAUGAUUAUUACAGUGCAUUUGUGAACAUUAACAUUCAGUAGAAACUUUAAAGUCUGAUUCAGACAUUUGAGGAUUUCACCCAUAUUGGGUUUAUUUUCUCUUCAUCUAAACGAUGACCACACUGCUUUAGUGCACUGAAAACACUUGAUUUAUAUUUCUGCUAUUAGAAAUGCAUCUUAUCUUUUCUUAUUAUAGAAGAAAUAUUUCUUCAUCAGAAAGAUUUCAUUUAGUGUUGAAGCACAAAUGAUUGUUUCUAAUGUUUACAUGAAGGAGACUUUUCCCCUGUAAAGGGCAGAUCAGUGUGUCACUGUUAGAGAAAGAAUUUCACUUUUAUAUGUAAAGUCAUUUUCUGACCUUCAUUGAAGGUUUCUUGCUCCGCAACUAAAGGAUGAGCACACUGCUUUCAUUUACUGAAAGUGCUUUACUAAUUAUUUCUAUUGUUUGAAAUCAUUUCAUCUUCUCUUAUUGUUAGAGAAAUAUUUCUUCAUUUGAAAGAUUUUACUUGUGUGUUGAAGCACAACUUAAUGUUUUUAUUGUUUACAUGAAGGAGACUUUUCCCCUGUAAAGAUGCAUUUAUUUUCUUACCUUCUGUGAAGGAUUCUUGCUCUGCAUGUAAAGGAUGACCACACCGCUUUCUUUUACUGAAAGUGCUUUAUUUUUAUUUGUAUUGUUUGAAAUACAUCUGAUUUUCUCUUAUUGUUGGAGAAAUAUUUCUUCAUUUGAAAGAUAUUAAUGUGUGUUGAAGCACAAAUGAUUGUUUUUAAUGUUUACAUGUGUUUACAUGAAGGAGACUUUUCCCCUGUAAAGGGCAGCUCAAUGUGUCACUGUUAGUGAUUUAAAAAUGUAUCUUUUAUGUUCAG